UGAGCUUCUCUAUUUCUGAUUCUCUGAUCAAUAAUUAACAUUAAAGCUCCCUUAUGAAGCAGCAACUCACAGCAGAUCCUCUCAGUUCCUCUCAGACAUGUCGGCGUCUACGUCUAUAGCUACAGCAGCGGGCGGUAUGCUCGUGGUCACCCAUGUGAUCCCGGCACCUCAGGGUGCUGCAACACAAAAUUCUGCAGAGAAGAGGAACCACCGGCGCCGGGAACAACUGCUGGCCCUCGGGACGGUGCAGAUCAUGAUCGGCGUGGCCGUCUUUCUCUUUGAGCUCGCCAUGAUUCCACAUACAGAUUCUCUGGGGAUGUACUCUGGCGCUUUCGUCUGGGCACCGCUGUUUGACAUCUUGUCUGGAUCUCUGAUAGUGUCUGCUGGGACAUCGGUGAACAAAUGUCGGCUGAAUGGAGGUGUGGGAUUCAGCAUUGUUGCUGCUGUUGCUUCUGCUGCUGCUACCUCCAUCUACGUUCUGGAUGCUUACUAUAACGGCACUGCAUACAACUAUUACUAUAACUCCUAUGUGAUUGAGACUCGUGGAGUUUUAGGUGUUUUGGUUGUUUUCUCCUUCCUGGGCUUCAUCGUCUCCAUCUCUGUCCCUGGGCUUGGCUGCAAUGCUUCACCUCAGUCAUCAGAACCGCAGCUGAUCAUCAUGACCAACCAAUCACAUGAAGCGGCUUCCCAGACGCCAGCGACGGCGCCCACACAGGGGGCCCUGCCCACGUACGAGGCCCCGCCCAUCCCAGAGACUCCGCCCCCUUCAGAGAGCGACUACGAGACCGUGAAGCCUCAGGAAUACAACACAGAGAUAGUCUGACCACGCCUCCUCCCCCAAGCCCCGCCUCCUCCACCUGACCCCGCCUCCUCCACCAAGCCCCACCUCC